AUACCUUUGACGGUAAAAAUUUCAACACGUCGCUGGCACGACUAAGCCUAGUAAUGUUCGUUUCUCUCUUAUGGAUUUACAGAUAUAAUUAUUCACAUACUUUUCCCAUAUUUUCUACCAUCGUCUUAUUUAUUUUUACCGUUUUUAUCGGCAUAAUUAUAUUCCACAAUCAUAUAAUAUUAAUUAUUAACAUCUUAUUACAAAUAAUAAUAACGAUCUACCAAAUGAUUAAAUACUCCUUUAAAAAAAUAUAUGACCAUAUUAACAAGAAAGUCCAAAACUAUUAUAAAAAUAGGAAAGGAAAGGAAACCAAAAAAAUUAAAUAA